GGAUGUUGACAUAAGCUGCUGAACAGCUGAGUGGAGUCCAUAUCAACAAAGCACCCAGAGAUCUAGCAGGUUUGAAACAAGUGUGGAAAAGACUGACAGAGAAAGGUUAAAAAGAGACAUCGACGCAAAUCUGUGAAAGAAAUCAUAUAAACUAAAGUAAGAUUUCAGUUUUAAACGAACGGAUUGGGUCACAACAAUAAAACGUGCAAUGGGACGUAUUUUCCUCGACCACAUUGGAGGCACACGCCUCUUCUCUUGUGCCAACUGUGACACGAUUCUGACCAACCGCUCAGAACUCAUCUCCACACGCUUCACUGGAGCAACAGGCCGUGCCUUUCUCUUUAACAAGGUGGUGAACCUGCAGUACAGCGAGGUGCAGGACCGAGUAAUGCUGACUGGGAGACACAUGGUACGAGAUGUCAGCUGCAAGAACUGCAACAGCAAGCUAGGCUGGAUCUAUGAGUUCGCCACAGAAGACAGUCAGCGCUACAAAGAAGGGCGUGUCAUCCUGGAGAGAGCGCUGGUCAGAGAGAGCGAGGGUUUUGAGGAACAUGUUCCGUCAGAUGCCUCCUGAGGUUCAGGUCAAACCCUGCGCUCCCCACACUGCUCAUCUCAGCAUCACCGCGUCCAUCACUGAUCUGAACAACGUAUCCGCUUCUCAUAAGCAGGUCCAGCCUUGCUUAGAGACUGAUAAAAAAAAAAAAAAGACAAAAAACAAAAAAACAAAAACAAAACCAGCAGCCCCUCUAUGGCUUGAUGACAUCGGUGCCACUGUCAGCAAUAUUUGUUGGCAUGCCCUUGAUUCUAUGCUUCUAAAUGGAUCUUGAGCCAAUUAUCAUCAGCUUUAGUAAAGUUUAUGUAUAUUGAGGGAUGCAUUUUCUAGUUCAGAAAAGUAAGAUGACAAAUUGUCAAAGAUACUGGACCACCAGACCAGUGAACAAGCCUGAUUCCACUGUCACCUGGACCAGUAAAUGGGCAUCUCGAUUCCAUCCUGUCACAGCGAUAUACUAUCCAGCCCUAAAAAGAGGGGGCAGGUAUGGAGUUAGCAUUCCCUGGCUGUUUAUACCCAUCGCUGUGAAUCUUGUGGAUAGUAAGAAUUAUUCAUUGCCUGUGUUAUUAUAUUCAGUGCAACACCAUUUUAAUUAGCAUUAUUCCUUCUCUUGGAGUUCUUGUUUUUAGUUGAGAAACUUGUUAUUCCUAUUUUUUUCUCUUAAUAAGGCAUAGAACAUGUGACCCUGUGUUCAUUUAUUCUUAAUAAAGUGAAUGGUCUUGCUUGAGCAUUA